AUGAGAGAGAUUAUUCAUAUUCAAGGUGGCCAAUGUGGCAAUCAAAUUGGUGCCAAAUUUUGGGAAGUUAUAUCUGAUGAGCAUGGGAUAGAUCCGUCAGGGACUUAUCAUGGGGAAUCAGAUUUGCAAAUGGAACGUGUGAAUGUAUUUUACAAUGAAGCAGCAGGUGGACGUUAUGUACCUAGAGCAAUAUUAAUGGAUUUAGAACCUGGAACUAUGGAUUCAGUUCGUGCUGGACCUUUUGGUUCAUUAUUUCGUCCUGACAAUUUUAUUUUUGGCCAGAGUGGAGCUGGUAAUAAUUGGGCAAAAGGUCAUUAUACAGAAGGUGCAGAGUUAUUAGAUGCUGUAUUAGAUGUUGUAAGGCAUGAAGCUGAAUCAUGUGAUUGUUUACAAGGAUUUCAGAUGACUCACUCCUUAGGAGGUGGUACAGGAUCAGGGAUGGGUACAUUAUUAGUUGGAAAGAUUCAUGAGGAAUUUCCAGACCGUAUAGUGCAAACAUUUUCCGUUCUUCCAUCUCCAAAAGUAUCUGAUACAGUUGUUGAGCCAUACAAUGCGACUCUUUCGAUACAUCAACUUGUUGAGAACUCUGAUGCUGUACAGGUUGUUGACAAUGAAGCUUUAUAUGAUAUUUGUUUCCGAACUUUAAAGUUGACAAAUCCUUCUUAUGGUGAUUUGAAUCACUUAGUAUCAGUUGCUAUGUCUGGUGUUACUUGUUGCUUACGUUUUCCUGGUCAAUUGAAUAGUGAUUUAAGAAAAAUGUGUGUGAAUCUUGUACCUUUUCCACGUUUACAUUUCUUCAUGAUUGGUUUCGCUCCAUUAACAUCUCGUGGGUCGCAGCAAUAUCGAGCUUUAUCUGUUGCAGAGUUAACACAACAAAUGUUUGAUGCAAAAAAUAUGAUGUGUGCAUCUGAUCCACGUCAUGGGAGAUAUUUAACAGCUAGCGUAAUGUUCCGUGGUAGAAUGUCAACAAAAGAAGUUGAUGAACAGAUGUUAUUAGUCCAAAAUAGGAAUUCUUCCUAUUUUGUUGAAUGGAUUCCUAAUAAUAUUAAAUCAUCUGUAUGUGAUAUACCACCAAAGGGUCUUAAGAUGGCCUCAACAUUUGUGGGGAAUUCUACGGCUAUUCAGGAAAUGUUUAGACGCAUUGCAGAACAGUUUACAUCAAUGUUUCGUAGAAAAGCAUUUUUACAUUGGUUUACUGGUGAAGGGAUGGAUGAAAUGGAGUUUACUGAGGCUGAGAGCAAUAUGAAUGACUUGAUUUCAGAAUACCAACAAUAUCAAGAUGUUCCAGUUGAGGAAGAUGAAUAUCCAGAGGAUGAUCAUCAUCUUGAUGGUUAA